AUGAGCAUAGAGACACUACUGGAGGCGGCCCGCUUCCUGGAAUGGCAAGCGCAGCAACAACAGAGAGCACGUGCACAGUCUCUACCCCUGGCACCCCGACAGCCAGCCCUGGUCAGCACCACAGGACUCAGCAUUAAGGAGCCUGCCCCUCUGCCCACCAGGCCACAGGUGCCCGCCCCUGCCCCCUUACUGCCGGACUCUAAGACCACUAUUGCACCCACGGGUAGCCCCAAACCCUUACAGCCCCUCCCCACACCCAUCUUGACCAUUGCACCACACCCUGGAGUCCAGCCCCAACUGGCCCCCCAGCAGCCACCUCCAUCCACGCUUGGGACCCUGAAGUUGGCACCUGCUGAAGAAGUCAAGUCCAACGAACAAAAGAAGAGACCAGGGGGGAUCGGCACCAGAGAAGUCCACAACAAACUGGAGAAGAACAGGAGGGCCCAUCUGAAGGAAUGCUUUGAGACCCUGAAGCGCAACAUCCCCAACGUGGACGACAAGAAGACGUCGAAUCUGAGCGUGCUGCGGACGGCACUGCGGUACAUCCAGUCCCUGAAGAGGAAGGAGAAGGAGUAUGAGCACGAGAUGGAGCGGCUGGCGCGGGAGAAGAUCGCCACGCAGCAGCGGCUGGCCGAGCUCAAGCAUGAGCUGAGCCAGUGGAUGGACGUGCUGGAGAUCGACCGCGUGCUGCGGCAGACGGGCCAGCCUGAGGACGACCAGGCCUCCACCUCCACCGCCUCAGAGGGUGAGGACAACAUAGAUGAAGAGAUGGAGGAGGACAGGGCAGGCCUGGGCCCACCUAAGCUGAACCAUCGGCCCCAACCAGAGCUGCUGAAGUCGGCCUUGCCGCUGCCCAGCGCCACCCCUGCACCCCCGCCACCCCACCCCCAGCCGCACCCCGUGGCCCUGUCUCCUGCCCACCUGCCAGUGCAGCAGCAGCAGCAGCCACCACAGCAGAAGACACCUUUGGCCGCCCCUCCGCCCCCACCAACGGCCCCUGCCCAGACACUGGUGCCAGCUCCGGCCCACCUGGUGGCCUCAGCUGGGGGAGGCUCCACGGUCAUCGCCCACACGGCCACCACCCACGCCUCAGUCAUCCAGACUGUGAACCACGUCCUCCAGGGACCAGGCGGCAAGCACAUCGCCCACAUCGCCCCCUCGGCCCCCAGCCCUGCUGUGCAGCUGGCACCUGCCACCCCCCCCAUCGGCCACAUCACGGUGCACCCUGCUGCCCUCAACCACGUGGCCCAUCUCGGCUCCCAGCUGCCCCUAUACCCACAGCCCGUGGCGGUUAGCCACAUUGCCCACACCCUCUCCCACCAGCAAGUAAACGGCACUGCUGGCCUGGGACCCCCAGCCACUGUCAUGGCUAAGCCAGCUGUUGGGGCGCAGGUGAUGCAUCACCCCCAGCUGGUGGGCCAGACAGUGCUCAACCCCGUGACCAUGGUCACCAUGCCCUCCUUCCCGGUCAACACACUGAAGCUGGCUUGAGGAGGAAGCCACUCAGAGGCCCCAGUGGGGGCAGGGCGGGGGUCCUGGCCCCCACUCUCCCACCCACCAGCUCCACACAUUCCAGCCUUGCCCAGGCCUGCUCCACCCCCACCCACCCCCAGGCCUCCUAGGGGACGGGGAUGCAAAGACUCUGAGCCAGGGGAGAGAGGGGCCGCCCCAGGGGGCUGGGCAUGGGGCGCAGGAGUCCCCACUGCACUAGGACUUAAGAGAAUGACUGAUGAAAUGAGACGCCGGUGAGCGUGCCACCUGUGCGGCCUGGUGCCACCUCCCACUUCCGUUCCCGCCACCCACCCUGUCCCCUGGAAUCAGUGUGAAGGGGCCUCCUGGUCUCUGCUUCCCCCUGCCCGCCAUCCAUUGCUGCUGCUGCUGCUAUUGCUCUGUCUGGUGAGGUGGCCGAAUGCCCUGCGCUGGACACUAGUGACAGUUCUGAGGGAGUGGCCCGCCUGGAGUCUCACCCAGACCCAUGGGUGCCCCCAGCCUGGCCUCUGACCAAGCCGCCACUGAUCAGUUCCAGCAGAAGGGCGAUGGGCCACCACCACUAAACCAAGUCCAAGCUGUUGCCAAGUUUCCCAGGGGCAUUGGACAAGCCUCCCGCCUUGGCGUGGGCACAGAGGUUUGCUGUCCUGUGCCCCCGACCCCCAACCUGGAAAGAAGGGGUGCCAUUCAUUUCCGCGGCUUCUGCUCAGUCUCCCUUGCGCCCUCUAAGGGCCGGUGGGCCCAGGUGUCUGGCUUUGGGCGCCUCUGCAACCUGGAAGGCCUGGGCCAGGAGCCCGGCA